CGUCCAAGCAGUACGCCUGCCAGGAGCUGCAGGGGGUGUAGUCUGUUAGUUGAGGCUAGGGUUACGCUUCUCUUUCAUUUCACUCAAUCUGAAGAGCACUUUCGCUUGAAUUAUGAGUGGAAAAGUUACCUUAUUCGUCUCCGAUAUCUCAGGAAACAAGGAGACUAAAAAACGUCAACAACACAUGCGCACCCAACUAGAGGCACAUAAAGUGCCUUUUGAUGUAAUUGAUGUUGCACAAGAUUCUGAUGCUUUGGAUAGAAUGAGGGAACUUGUGGGAGAUGAAGAAGCUCUAGCUCCUCAGAUUGCCAAUGGUGAUGAGUACUGUGGGGGCUUUGAAGAAUUUGAAGCUGCCAUUGAAGGAGAAACUCUAGGAGAAUUCCUGAAACUGAAAUAAAAAUUUUACAGUAUGGUUGAAAAAAUGUUGGAAAGGAGGACAAGUAGUAUUCACAUGGCUCAGAUAAUUAAUGUCCAGAUAUAUUUUUUCAUCAGACAACUGUGACAAAGGACUUGCAUCUCUUUUAAAUACCUUGUUAAGGAAAACUACCAUUUUUAUUGCUCUCAUUUUCUGAAAGAGUAGAUGUACCAUACUUUGCAUGUAGGAAACGCUACAGUUUAAGAUUCCCGUGAUGUUGGCAUGACAGGGUUCGUUGUGGUUGGUUUAAAAGUGAUUAUUACUAUAUGAUAAACUUGUGAGCUUAGUAAUCCAGGAUUCCUCCUUAUCUAUGUAACUGGGUUUCUGGCUAAAACUAGGUUGGCUGAUUGUCAGGGAAUUGCUAAGUUCAAGUUCUGCAUUUAAAGUUUAAUGGUCCAAUUUGGAAACAUUCUGGUAAAAUUCACCUUUGUUAUAAUGGCCAGCUCAGUUCAUACUAUCCGACUCUGAUACCAAUGCGUUAGUCACCGCAUUCAACUUUUUUUAUUUUAGGUUCAGUUCAAAAGUCUAAUUUUGUUUCCUGCUAUUGGUCUUGGCUUGUUAACUCAUGUUUAGUGUUGGGAAGGGGUCAAUAAUUUCCACUAUGAUUGAAGGCUCCACCCACAGUCUAACUUUACUUCUUUUAUACACUGAAGAGUACACUCUGAAGAUUUACAUAUCAGUUGUAGAUAUUUAUGUUUGACUUAGAAACUUCUAAAGCCUGCACUAUUUGACUCUGUGGUGAAGUCCCUUCAAGUUUGUAUAGUGGAUACUUUUAUGGGCCAUGUAUUUGAUUAAGCCCUCUGCUGAAAGUUCAUGUGAAGUCUUGAUGGCACUGAGUUUUUUCUUUGCCUUGCUCCAUUAUUUCAUUUUCAUGUAAUUAUUCAUUUGGUCUCAGUGGUCUGAGAAAACUUACUGUCAGAUGUUACAUUUCCCCAGUCUGCACUUUGAAGUAAGGCUUGGAGAGGGGUUGUUGGUCACUCUGAUGCAAACAUGCACAAGGGCUGUUAACCAUUUAACUCCCAUGAGUGACCAAGACAUAAUUUCUCCUUACUAUACCUAUACAAUAUCAUGCAGACAGGUGAUGAGAAUAAAGAAAAAUACCAAAUUCUCCAAACUAACAUAAUGAGAAUCAUUUGGCAGACAGUGAGGAGUACUAUUAAUGAGAUCUUGGGAGUUUAAGGGUGAACAUUUAUUCUUAAAAUUUAGGGUUUUUCUAAUUGUAACACCACCAGUACUCUUUUAAUGUAAUUGUGGUGUAAAUGCCAGUGACCCAUGUAUGAUGUCAGCAAAUUUAGUAGAAGUACAACAUCUUACAUUGUACACUUAAAGUUGGGAUAAUUGUUUUGUUAGACUGCAGUCUGUCAUCCUUUGAAUUUUGAUUUUAAUUGAUCCAGGUUGCAGUCUUCUAAGUAACUAUGAUCUGCUGGACACAGUGGGCUCUGUCCUCAUUACAAAAAGGUUUAAUAAAUUCAUUACUGAAUCAGUUUUGAUACUCAGAGAAUUGAUCAACUUUGUCAUAAUAUAGUUUUAUAAUUGUUAUUUUAUAGCUAAAUAAAUUUCCUUUUGCAAUAUGUAAAA